AUGGUACUACAGUAUGAUGAGAGCGUUCGCAACCUGCUGUAUCGGAGAUCAUGCCAAUACACGCAGGGUGAGCGCUCUGGAGGCCACGUCGAGGAGGCCGACCUCGUCGAGAGAGUGAAGAGCUUCACCAAGCGUUAUCCGAAUAGUCGGACAGCUCAUGCUUGCAGAGCUGAGGGGGGAUGCACUCCCGACGCUAUCGCAGAAGCCAUCCGCUCGACAUGUCGGCAGGCGAGACGCGACCUGUUUGAAGACUCUCUGAGCGCAUGGAGCCCAGAGUCGAAAGCAUGGUUCAUGCAACAGAUGAAAGAGGCCAAACAGCAGAAUGUCGAGACUUACAUCGGCACCGAAGACACCGAGGAGACCUCCUUCAUCUCCAUGACUCUCCUGGGCAUCUCCUCGAUGUAUGUGCGACAAGAAGACAAAUUGAAAAUGAAGUUGACGGAGCUGGGACUCAUAGUAGACUCAGUCGAUAGAGACGACAAGUCCAUCAUGUGGAAAGCACCUUACAGACCUGAGAUAGCACGAGCAGACGACAUCUCAGUCACCAUCUCCUUCCUUCGGAAUGAAGAAGCCAUCGCACUCUGGCAAGGCAGCAGAGAGUACAGCAUCGACGGGCGAAUUUUCAGAGCAACUGAAGUCAGCAUUGCACACGACCGGUCGUUCAAGCUCCGAGCCAAGCGAGGACCUUGGGGCAAGGGAGGGAGCCUUGCCGAGCUAUCGCAGCUCCUAGCUCUUGGAGGAAUGUCGACGGCGGACAUAGCUCGGAUCUAUCAAUUCCAACUGAUCUCGCAAUGUCUCGCCGCAGCAGAGGUACAACCGCUGGCGGGCAUGCUCGUGCAGGGUGCUGGGCAGAGAGGUCGCAAGGGGCCGAGCCCGAAGACGUAUGUUGCUGUUGGAGCAAGCACCGGAGCUCUGCAGCAGAGAGAGCUCGAGUGGGUACUAUCCUGCCCAUCGACGGCCAGCUGCGAGCAGACCUUGGCCUCGUUCAGAGAGAGCGAGGCGAUGGAGGGGGUGCACCUGACUCUCGUCAGCGACGACGCCAAGCUCAGAGAGACGUUUGCAGUCGAGCUCACAGCAGACACCUUCGUGCCGAGAGGAAAGAUUGCCAAGCAGAGGAUGGUACUUCGCGACAGGGAGCAGGCUCCAAGCGGCAGUUUCAGGGUGCAGAUCAAGUCGAAGUCAAGCAUGAGCACAGGCCGCUUCUCGAGGAAGGAGAUGGAAGCACUGUGCGGAGGAGGUAACACAUCGACCACGCGAGUCAAGCGAGCCAUGUUGGAAUUACCUUUAUCUGAGGCAGGAUCCCUUUAUCUGAGGCAGGAUCCCUUUAUCUGA